UUUUCACAUUCCCGCCAUUACAACAACAACAUAACACUGGGCCGCCUCAUGCCGGCAAAAUUUAGUCCACGGCAUAGAGCAAGACCGUUUGGGGGAAAUAUAUAUAUAUAUAUAUGUGUGUUUAUUCUUUUAGGACUUUUCCUUGAGUUUUUUCAAGACUGGAAGAAGGCUUUUAGUGACUGACACUGGACUCACCAGUUCAUCGUUCAAGCCAUUUCAGCGCCCUGUUCAACUCGCCGCACUGAUGGCUGUCGCAUUGCCGAAGUUGAGCAGUGGUGGCGCCGUCCGUAUCCGCUUCACCAGUCUGGACGUGGGUACGACCAAAUGGAGAGAAGGAGUUUUUGAGGUCCACGAGAAAGACAACAAAAGCAAUCUUGUGUUGAAGUUUAACAGUGGCGGUGCACCAAAAUAUUUCCAGUUAAACCACAAUGUGAAGAAUGUUGUUUUGGGGCCCAUCCACAGUCAAAACCGUUUGUCUGUGACAUUGAAAGACUCCAGUGUUGUGAUUUUGGAACGACUGUCCAUCACGGUUGCAAAAAAACUGAAGGAAUAUCUGGAGACGAUUAAACAAGGAAAGCAAACGGCUUAUAAGACAAAUCAGGGAAGUGCUAGUUUUGGAUUAGUUCUUGGGAAUCGAGCAUCCCAGAAUGACCCAGGAUUGUCUUCGUCAGAAAAGCAGAUAACACCACGCAGGUCGAGUUUGGACAACAGAGAAGAGAGCACACCACGAAAGCCUCUUGGGAGUCCGAGCAGAGUCACAUCAACACCUGUACGCGGUGGACUGUCAGAAAACAGGAGCGAGAAAAGGAAAAGGUUGAUGAACUCCGAUACAGAUUUAACUGAAGACUACCCCAAAGAGAAUGAUUCCUCUAGCAACAAUAAGGCCAUUUCAGACACUUCAAGGAAGUUUCUCCUCAGUUACAAAGAAAAAAUGAAGCUGUCAGAAGAGAACAGGGCUUCAGCUCCCCUUAGCGCUACACCUCUUCAAUCAUCAUCCUUUUAUGGCAGUAGAACAGGAACUAAAGAUUAUACACAAACACAUUCCCUACUGGACAGGCCUGCCAGCACAAACCAGUCACCUUCAGCUAAAAGAAGCCUGGUGCUGCCUAAUCACUCCACUCCUUUUAAGAAAGCUCGUUCUUCUCUGGAUUAUGGAGGAUGGAACAAGCUGAGACCCUCUGCUCUUACACAACCUCAGCCUCCAUUACAAGGGUUCUCAAACUUGGGAAACACUUGCUACAUGAAUGCCAUACUGCAAUCACUGUUCAGCCUACCUUCUUUUUCAAAUGACCUGUUAAAGCAGGGUAUCCAAUGGAAGCGGGUUCCAAUGAAUGCUCUUCUGAGGCGCUUUGCUCAGCUGCUUUUGAAAAAAGAUGUUUCAUCUCCAGAGGUGAAGAAAGAUUUGCUGAGGAGGGUGAAGAAUGCCAUUUCCUCCACUGCCGAACGUUUUUCUGGGUACAUGCAAAAUGAUGCCCAUGAGUUCCUGAGCCAAUGUCUGGAUCAGCUAAAGGAAGACGUAGAAAAGGUUAAUAAGAGCUGCAGGAGCGAUUCUUCAGCCUGGGAUGAACCCCAGGGCACGCGGCUUACGGAGGACGUGGAUACCACACGCAUAUACACAUGUCCUGUUACCGUCAACAUGGAGUUUGAAGUGCAACACACAAUCACUUGCAAAAGCUGUGGGGAGGCGAUAACAAAACGUGAACAGUUUAAUGACCUGUCAAUUGACCUGCCUCGUAAAAAGAAAACCCUUCCUCUAAGAUCCAUCCAGGAUUCACUGGACCUGUUCUUCAGGAUGGAAGAAAUUGAAUAUUCGUGUGAGAAAUGUAAUGGGAAAUCUGCCACUGUCACACACAAAUUCAGCAGACUUCCCAGGGUCCUGAUUCUACAUCUGAAACGGUACAGUUACAACGCACAGUUGUCUCUGAACAGCAAGCUGGGGCAGCAGGUUUUAAUCCCAAAGUACCUCACUCUUUUGUCCCACUGCACAGAGAACACACGGCCAGCUCUUACCCUGGGCUGGAGAGUCCAAACUGCCCUGUCUAGAACACUGAAAACGUCACAGUCUAUAAACAGCUCUACGCUACGGAAAGGUUCAGUUAAAUGUGAAAAUGCAGGAAUCAUGAUAUGUGACUCAGACAGCGAAGAGGAAUUGAUUAGGAAAGUCGCUCGCAAACAUCGCUUGAGUGAAUGUCUCACAGAUGAUGACAGGACAGAGGAGGUACAGAAGGUCAGUCACCUGGAUCAAUCAGAAUUCACUGGCAUGAAUGAUGAUGAAAUGCUGGCUGCAGUACUUGAGAUGAGUCGUCAUGAUGCUGCCCCCAAUAUUGAUGAACCAACCAGCAGCCCUGACACAGGGUUUGGAGAUGCAGAUGCUCAGGAGCUCGCUCAGCAGUUGGAUCUUCUAGAAGAAGAUAAAGCAUCUGGAGACAUGCUGGGUUCUUUGGACCUGACCAUGGAUGACAAUAAAGAGAACCAGACUCCAGAUGGUGGCCAGGGUGAGUUGGACUGGGCGCAGCAAUACAGUUUGGACCAAGAGCGUGAGGAGCAGGAGUUGCAGCAGGCCCUUGCUCAGAGUCUACAGGAACAUGAGGCAAGAGAGAUGAGAGAAGAUGACGAUUUAAAGAGAGCAACAGAGCUCAGCUUGCAAGAGUUCAACAACUCUAUUCCCGAUCUUCUGUACUCUGACGAUGACUCUGGAAAUGAGGAUGCUCUAGAAAUGGAGUACAGUGAAACAGAAGCUGAGGUGUUGAAGAAAAAUGCAGAGAGUGGUGAGCUUGCCAACUCCUUCAGGCUCAUUAGUGUGGUCAGUCACAUCGGUACCAGCUCAUCAUCGGGCCACUACAUAAGUGACGUUUAUGACAUGAAGAAGCAGUCUUGGCUCACCUACAAUGAUUUAGAUGUGUCGCGUACACAGGAGUCCACCGUUCAAAGAGACCGAGACAGAAGUGGAUACAUAUUCUUCUAUAUGCACAAGAACAUAUUUGAGGAGUUGUCAGAGCUGGAGAAGGCAGGAGGAAGCACUGAUGCUACCCGCACAGUCCUGCAACCUUUAUAAGUAGCUUCAUAUAUCAGGCUUCAACUGGAGUCCUGCACUGUGGCAAUGAAUGGAUGAGAUUAGUCAAGGGUGGAAAUGACACCUUCCUCCAGUACUACUGAUCAGCACCACACAGACACACCUCUUUCAGGCACUUUCUUCUAUUUUGUUUUCCUGUUUUCUUUCCCCUCUGUAAGACUCUGCUGUUUCUAGAGUGUCUGAUAAUGUUCUUAAAGUCCAUGUAGAUGUAAAGGUUUAUGAAAAAAGUAAAUAGAUUGAGAGAACUGAAAGCAUUCUGGGUUACUGAAAGGUAUGACUUUCAGCUUCAAGACAUUUGUUUUGCUAGUUAUUUGCUGAUUAUUGCCUUUAAUAAAGUCCCUUAGUGGGGAAGGAGACUUCGUGUAUUAAAUUAAAGCGAAAUUUCUAAGGGUCAAGGACUGCGUGCCCCUCUUGAAUAGUUUUCUUUUUCAAGUUUUCCAAAAAUUCUUUAUUGAAUAUAAAGAUUUAUUCUUGUAUGUGUGAGUGAUGUUGGGUGUCUGUUUCAUGUUUUAUAUGCAGCUGAAUUGUGGUGCAAUAUUUACUUUGCCUGUUGGCUUUUAUAUGUCUGUCCUAUAGCGAUGAGUGGGAGAGGAGUUCAGUUCUAUUCACAGCUUUACUGAUGACUGUUUAUUGCUAUUUUAAUCCUAUUUUAUAAAUACAAUUUAACAAGUUAAA